AUGUCAACUCACGUUAUUGCCGUUGGGGAUACAUUUUGGCAAUUAGCUCAACGAUAUGAAUGCCCAUUAGAAGAUCUCCUAGCUGCUAAUCCCAAAGUUAAACCAGAAUUUUUAGUACCUGGACAGAUAAUUCAAAUUCCGUCUUCGAGUAUAAAACCGGAAUGGCAACGUGAAGAAGUUCAGCAAGCACAUUCUCGUUACACCGAUAUACCUCACGAACCCACCGACAAACUAUUGACACCAAUCAAAGGUUACGAAGAUGUUCCUGUGUUACCUUUGGAGAAAGCAAUUCAACCUAUUCAACACUUGUUCCAUAAUCUAAGCCAUUAUGUUCAGACUGCUAAGGAACAUUGUCAUUCACCAAAAGAUCAGUUAUCGCAGGACGAAUCGGCUGCUAUACAUUUGUACACCAUGGAAUUUUCAGUUGGUCCCAAUUUUUAUCAGCUACUGAACAAAACAUUACGUUCUGAACAUCGUGAUAGUUUAAAACCCUGGUUUCACUAUCUUAAACUAUUUCUACCUGCACUUCAAAAACUACCCACGCAUCCUGGAACAUUCGUCUGGCGUGGUGUGAAAGAUGUUAAUUUGAGUGAAAAUUAUAAAACUGGAACCCAAUUUGUCUGGUGGGGUAUGAGUUCAUGUACAACUAUUCUUGACGUUCUUCAAACGGAACAAUUUCUUGGGCAAACGGGGAUGCGAACAGCUUUCGCAGUGGAAUGUGACACAGCAAAAGCUAUUGGUAACCACUCAUAUUAUAGUCACACAGAACGAGAAAUCAUUUUGAUGCCAGGAACCUGUCUUGAAGUGGUUGGCCAAAUAAAUCCAGCGGAAAAUCUGUUCAUAAUCCACCUUAAAGAGAUUCCACCACCCACGCAGCUCGUCCAACAGCCACUAGCACUUAGUCCUCAGUCCGAAAAUAUGAUAAAAAUCAAAGCGAGCGAGCAUAACAGCGUGGUUGACAAAUGGUUGACACGUACUCUGAUGUCGAUAAAACCAGAGCUGUAG